CUUCACUCCAGAACCCAGGCAGCAUUAUUAAUUUUAAAAUGCCUUCUUUGAGAAGCAUCAAACUCUCCUACUCUUCUCCGCCGGCGCUACCUCCUUGUCCAGAGGUGCCAAUCACCCCUCCUCCUCCUCCUUGUUCACCUUGCCAACACAAAAACCACUUUCCUCCUCCACCACCGGGAGCUUCUCCUCCGCCUCCGCCUCCGCCUCCGCCUCCACCUCCACCACCUAAACUUGCACCACCAAGGCCAAGUCCUCUUCCGUUUUAUCCAGCGGCGAUAGCUCCCACGCCAUAUUUUCCACCAUCGCCUGCUCCUUUUGCGCCGCACCACCCACCACCAAAAACGCCGCCGAGAGCACCAAAACUUGCACCACCAAGGCCAAGUCCUCUUGCGUUUUAUCCAGCGGCGAUAGCUCCCACGCCAUAUUUUCCACCAUCGCCUGCUCCUUCUGUGCCACCUCAUGGCAACAACCACCACCCAGUAGAACUUAGUGUUUCUAUAGGUGCCUUGUUCUUUCUCUCCUUCUUAGCACUUGCCCUCAAUCACGUCUUCGGCAAGAAAUUGUUUCUCCCCGCAACCGCUGGUGCUGGUGGUGGUGCUGCUGCUGCUGCUGCUGCUACCGCUGCUGCUGCUGCUGCUGCUGCUGCUGCUGCUGCACCAAACGUAAUUAACACCGAACAACCGAGUGCCUCUCAUGAUGAUAGUAAUGAUGAUGCAGUGAGUACGAGCAUGGAUCCAGCACCUCAUGCUCCUCAAACACAGGGGCCGACCGAGCAGAGGAAAUUAGGGCAACAAGAUGAGGAAAUGAAUGUAGAAGAAGAUGAACAGUCGGAGAAGAAGAAGAAAAAAGUAAAGGCUGAUAUGGUGAUACAGAAGCUUAAAGAGACGACGAAGCUUCUGCAGAAUUUGUUGGAUGCAUCUCACAAUCCACGCCGAUUACCUCCACCUCAAACUGAGGAUAGAGGAGAGACGAGCUCUGGCCCCCCCUAUGCCGGUGUCGAGGAAAGGGGGGAGGAGGAGAAUGACGAGGCCGCUGAUGAAGAAAAUAGUAACAAAGUCUCAAGCCCAUCCCUUGGUGUGGGAAAGAGGCAAAAAGUGAUGGGAGUGAGACCAACUGCCGAAGCAGAAGGUGAUGGGGAAAUGAGUGCGGAUGAAAUUGAAGAGGACUUGGGUGAGGAUAAUCGAGACGAGGCUAAAUCAGAGCUCGACGGUAAAGCCCUCAAAAUGAUCCCAAGGCGUCCGGCGAAGAAACCCAAGGAUGGUAAAGCAGCUGUGCAUAGCCACAGCAGGAAAACUACGAGACCAAUCAAAGAUGUCAAGAAAGUUGCUAAGUUGGCGGAUCGCCAAUUUCAUCGACACUCCGCUCAACAGGAUGCUCAUCCUGUCAUUAAGGAAGGUGAUGGGGCAGUAGCUGAUGAUGGUAUUGGCGAGGGCAGUUGGCCGAUUGGAGAUUUAGAAGAAUUAGACCCUAUGGGCUGGUUCAACAAGUGGAGUAAUGUGGUAGAGAAGCUUGUGGAGAAGAACACUCUAUUGGUGUAUGAAUUGCAGGAAAAGAUCAAUGCCCGCAGACAUGGGUCAACUACAACUCAAGAUGAGCAGGCUAAAGGAGAUGAGAUGAGUGGUGAUGAAGAAGCCGACCUCAUCCCUCAAACAAUGAAUGAUGAAGAUCAAGCCAAGGAAGACAACCAGAAUGUGCCGGAGCAGGAACCGGUGAAUGAUGCCACCGAAGAGUAUAAGAAUAAUUUAGGCCAAGAAAUGAAAGAGAAAAAUCCAAUAAAGCCUAAAAGUUCAACUCAGGCUAAGGGGAAGAAGAAGGCAGUUGAUUAUAAGGAUAUGCUUGGAUUCGCAAAUCUGCAGGGGGGUGAAGAAGAUGAUGAAUCAAGGAAUGAGGAUGUAGAAACGAUGAAUGAUGACGAUCAAGCCAAGGAAGACAACCAGAAUGUGCCGGAGCAGGAACCGGUGAAUGAUGCCACCGAAGAGUAUAAGAAUAAUUUAGGCCAAGAAAUGAAAGAGAAAAAUCCAAUAAAGCCUAAAAGUUCAACUCAGGCUAAGGGGAAGAAGAAGGCAGUUGAUUAUAAGGAUAUGCUUGGAUUCGCAAAUCUGCAGGGGGGUGAAGAAGAUGAUGAAUCAAGGAAUGAGGAUGUAGAAACGAUGAAUGAUGACGAUCAAGCCAAGGAAGACAACCAGAAUGUGCCGGAGCAGGAACCGGUGAAUGAUGCCACCGAAGAGUAUAAGAAUAAUUUAGGCCAAGAAAUGAAAGAGAAAAAUCCAAUAAAGCCUAAAAGUUCAACUCAGGCUAAGGGGAAGAAGAAGGCAGUUGAUUAUAAGGAUAUGCUUGGAUUCGCAAAUCUGCAGGGGGGUGAAGAAGAUGAUGAAUCAAGGAAUGAGGAUGUAGAAACGAUGAAUGAUGAAGAUAAAGUUGAGGAAGAUAAACAAGAGAUGAGAUUCGCAGAGGAGAUGGUGCCUUACGAGGCGUUUGGGAAGGGGAGCGAUGUGGUGAAGAAUAUAAAGGCGGCCGGUGGAGGAGCAAAAGUAAUGAGUGGUGCAUUGAAGGGGAAUAAAGGGCGUAAGAAUACUAUUCAAGUUGAGCAGGCUAAGGGAAAAACAAGUGAUACAUUGAACAAGGCAGUUGAUGAUAAGGAUAUGUCUCCAUUUGAGGUUGAUGAAUCAAGAAAUGAGGAAGACUACACCACAGAGAUCGAGCAGGAAAUGUGGUCCGCAGAGGAGAUGAAUUAUGAGUCCCAGAAUAUCGAGCGUGGGAAGGAGCAACAAAUGGUGGGUGUUGAUGAUAGCAUGAAGAUGUUGGUGGAGGACAAGAGUCCAUUGUUGCAUGAUCAACUUCAAGAGAUGAACUCGGCAACUCAAGAUGAGCAGGCUAAAGGAGAUGAGAUAAGUGGUGUUGAUGAAGCAGGCGGCCUCAUCCCUGAAACAAUGAAUGAUGAAGAUCAAGCCAAGGAAGACAACCAGAAUGUGCCGGAGCAGGAACCAGUGAAUGAUGCCACCGAAGAGUAUAAGAAUAUCUCAGGCCAAGAAAUGAAAGAGAAAAUUCCAAUAAAGCAUGAGCAGUUGGUGAAGGAGAAUGUAAGGCGUAAAAGUUCAACUCAGGCUAAGGGGAAGAUGAAGGGGCAGGUGAACAAGGCAGUUGAUUAUAAGGAUAUUCUUGGAUUCGCAAAUCUGCAGGGGGGUGAAGAAGAUGAUGAAUCAAGGAAUGAGGAUGUAGAAACGAUGAAUGAUGACGAGGGUGAGGAAGAAGGAUAUCCAGCAAAAACCGAGCAAGGAUUACAAAUGGUGGUUGGUGAUGAUAACAUGGUGGAGGAGAAGAACUCAUUGUCGUUACUCAAGGGUCUUGAUGACUGCAAUAGACCAAUGCCCAAGAAUAUAAAGCGCGAUCAACUUCAACAGGUGAAAGCACAGAGGUCGACCCUCAAUAUGGCAGUUGAUGAUGAGGAUAUGCCGCAGGAUGAUCUGGAUGAAUGUAGUGGUGAGGCUGAAACGAUGAUUGAUGAAGAUGAAGUUGAGGAAGAUAAACAAGAGAUGAGAUCCGCAGAGGAGAUGGUGCCUGUAGAGAAUUACGAGGCGUUUGGGAAGGGGAGCGAUGUGGUGAAGAAUAUAAAGGUGGCCGGUCGAGGAGCAAAAGUAAUGAGUGGUGCAUUGAAGGGGAAUAAAGGGCGUAAGAGUACUAUUAAAGUUGAGCAGGCUAAGGGAAAAACGAGUGAUACAUUGAGCAAAGCAGUUGAUUAUAAGGAUAUGUCUCGAUUUGAGGUGGAUGAAUCAAGGAAUGAGGAAGAAUACACCACAGAGAUCGAGCAGGAAAUGUGGUCUGCAGAGGAGAUGAAUUAUGAGUCCCAGAAUAUCAAGCGUGGGAAGGAGCAACAAAUGGUGGGUGGUGAUGAUAGCAUGAUGAUGUUGGUGGAGGACAAGAGUCCAUUGUUGCAUGAUCAACUUCAAGAGAUGAGCUCGGCCCUCAAUGUUGCUGCAGGUGAGUUUGGGGAUGAGAGGUUGUUGUCGCAAGAGUAUAAGAAUAUCUCAGGCCAACAAAUGAAAGAGAAGAUUCCAAUAAAGCAUGAGCAGUUGAUGAAGGGAAAUGUAAGGCGUAAGAGUACAACUCAAGCUGAACAGGCUAAGGGAAAGAUGAAGGGACAGGUGAACAAGGCAGUUGAUUAUAAGGAUAUACCCAUAUUCGCAUAUCUGCAGAUGGGUGAAGAAGGCGAUGAAUCAAGGAAUGAGGAGGUAGAGACGAUGAAUGAUAAAGAGGGUGAUGAGGAAGAAUACCUGGCAAAAACCGAGCAAGGAAUACAAAUGGUGGUCGGUGAUGAUAGCAUGAUGGAGGAGAAAAGUCCAUUGUCGUUACUCAAGAGGCGUGAUGAGCGCAAUAGACCGGUGCCUAAGAAUAUAAAGCUUGAUCAACUUCAACAUGUGAAAGUAGAGAGGGCGGCCCUCAAUAUUGUUGCUAAGAAUACGGCAGUUGAUUAUGAGGAUAUACUGCAUGAUAAAUGUAGUGGUGAGGUUGAAACGAUGAAUGAUGAAGAUGAAGCCGAGGAAGACAAACAGGAAAUGAGGUCCGCAGAGGAGGUGAUGCUUGUAGAGAAUUAUGAGGCGUUAGGGAAUAGGAGCAACGUGGCGAAGAAUAUAAAGGGUGCCGGUGAAGGAGCGAAAGCAUUAAUGGGUGGUGCAUUGAAAGGGAAUAAAGGGCGUAAAAGUACAAGUCACGUUGAGCAGGAUAAGGCAAAGAUGAGUGAUGCAUUGAACAAGGUAGUUGAUGAUAAGGAGAUGUCCCAAUUUGAGGUAGAUGAAUCAAGGAAUGAGGAAGAAUACCCCAUAGAGACCGAGCAGGAAAUGAAUUCUGAGUCCCAGAAUAUUAGUCCAUUGUCGUGUGAUCAACUUCAAGAGAUGAGCUCGACCCUCAAUGUUGCUGCAGGUGUGUUUGGGGAUGAGAGGUUGUUGUCGCAAGAGUAUAAGAAUAUGGAUGAUUUGGGGAGUGUGGAGAAAAAGAUUAAUCCAAAAAAGGGAAAUAAUCUGAAAACUCACGCAGCUCAAGGAAAGAGCUCCGCCCUCAGUCUCAGUAGUGCGUUGGUGAAGAUGGGAAUUGAUGAGAAGGAGAAUGCGACAGAGGAAAUGCCUUACGAGUCGCUACUCGAGGCUGGAAAGCAUGCUCCAAUAUUUGAGGAGCAGGAAAUGAAAGAAUCCGAGGCAAAUGAGGAUGAGAAUAAGCAAGUAAUAUUGAGGUCGAUUAUUCCAAAAAAGGGAAAUGAUGGGAAGAAGAUAGCAGCAAUGGCCAGGAAGCCUAAAGUAAAUGAUCGUCGUGGUGCGUUGGUUGACAUGGCAGCGUAUGAUAAUAGAGUUGGCCGCACCAUCACUUCCAAGAGAGGCGCAACUGAGUUUGAGGAGCAAACUGGUGAGGAAUUACAAUCAGAUCCUGCUCCACUGGAUAUUCAGGCAGCCGAAGUUGAUGUUGAUGUUGAUGCUGAUGAGGAUGAUCAGGAAGCAGAAGUUGAUGUUGAUGUUGAUGCUGAUGAGGAUGAUCAGGAAGCAGAAGUUGAUGAUGAUGGUGAUGAGCAGAGUGCUACUGCUACUGAAGAGGUUUCCCACUCCGAUGUUUGAGUUUGAUUGUCCCGUGUUUUAUGCCUUUUCUUUUACUUAUCUCUCACUGUUUUUCUACUUCUUCAACUCCAUCUUACCCUCAAUAUUCUAUGUUUGUUAAAUAUGUAUAAUAAAUUAGAUUGCACUUUAGUUCAUGUCUUUUAUAUGUGCGAUAAUUUUUUUCUUUUCCAA